AUCUGCUGUCAUGUCUAAGCUAAAGAGCUCCGAGUCUGUCAGGGUGGUGGUGCGAUGCCGGCCGAUGAACAGCAAAGAGAAGACGGCGUCGUACGAGAAGGUUGUUAAUGUGGAUGUCAAGUUAGGGCAGGUCUCGGUGAAGAACCCGCGGGGAACAUCUCAUGAACUGCCUAAAACUUUCACCUUUGAUGCUGUGUAUGACUGGAAUUCCAAACAGGUUGAACUCUACGAUGAGACCUUCAGGCCUCUCGUGGACUCUGUUCUGCAAGGGUUUAAUGGGACCAUCUUUGCCUACGGGCAGACUGGGACAGGGAAAACAUACACGAUGGAAGGGGUGCGUGAUGAUCCUGAGAAGAGAGGGGUCAUCCCCAACUCAUUCGACCACAUCUUCACCCACAUCUCUAGAUCUCAGAAUCAGCAAUACCUAGUUAGAGCGUCUUAUUUGGAAAUAUACCAAGAGGAAAUCAGAGACUUGUUAUUAAAGGACCAGUCCAAGCGGCUGGAGCUAAAGGAGAGACCAGACACGGGUGUGUACGUUAAGGAUUUGUCCUCCUUUGUUACAAAAAGCGUCAAAGAGAUUGAGCACGUGAUGAACGUGGGGAACCAAAACCGCUCCGUCGGUGCCACCAACAUGAACGAGCACAGCUCUCGCUCUCACGCCAUCUUUGUGAUCACCAUCGAGUGCAGCGAGUUAGGGCUCGAUGGAGAGAACCACAUCCGAGUUGGGAAACUCAACCUGGUGGACCUUGCGGGCAGCGAGCGGCAGGCUAAGACUGGAGCACAGGGGGAAAGGUUAAAGGAGGCUACUAAAAUCAACCUCUCUCUCUCGGCGCUGGGCAACGUCAUCUCUGCCCUAGUAGAUGGGAAGAGCACACACAUUCCAUACCGGGACUCAAAGCUGACCAGGUUACUUCAGGACUCAUUAGGUGGCAACGCCAAAACUGUGAUGGUGGCCAACAUAGGCCCUGCCUCUUACAACGUAGAGGAGACCCUGACAACGCUGAGAUACGCCAAUCGUGCCAAGAACAUCAAGAACAAGCCGCGAGUGAACGAGGAUCCCAAGGAUGCUCUGCUACGAGAAUUCCAGGAGGAGAUUGCUCGACUCAAGGCACAGCUGGAAAAACGGUCAAUUGGCAAAAGAAAGAGGAGGGAGAGGAGAAGAGAUGGUGGGGAGGAGGAGGAGGACACUGAAGAGGGUGAGGAUGAAGGAGAUGACAAAGAUGACUACUGGAGGGAGCAACAAGAAAAGCUGGAGAUUGAGAAGAAAGCAAUAGUUGAGGAUCACAGCUUGGUAGCAGAAGAAAAGAUGAGACUGCUGAAGGAGAAGGAGAAGAAAAUGGAGGACCUGAGGCGAGAGAAGGCAGCAACGGAGAUGCUGAGUGAUAAAAUCAAGACAAUGGAAAGCAAGCUGCUGGUGGGGGGGAAAAAUAUUGUGGAUCACACAAACGAACAGCAGAAAAUCCUGGAACAGAAACGACAGGAAAUUGCAGAACAGAAACGUCGGGAGCGAGAAAUCCAGCAACAGAUGGAAAGUCGGGAUGAGGAAACACUAGAACUGAAGGAGACCUACAGCUCUCUUCAGCAAGAGGUGGACAUAAAGACCAAAAAGCUCAAAAAGUUGUUUUCCAAGCUGCAGGCUGUGAAGGCAGAGAUCCAUGAUCUCCAAGAAGAGCACAUCAAGGAGCGCCAGGACCUGGAACAGACCCAGAAUGAGCUUACCAGGGAACUAAAGCUAAAGCACCUGAUUAUUGAAAAUUUUAUUCCCUUGGAAGAAAAGAAUAAGAUCAUGAACAGAUCAUUCUUUGAUGAAGAGGAAGACCAGUGGAAACUGCAUCCCAUAACCCGUCUGGAUAACCAGCAGAUGAUGAAAAGACCCAUAUCUGCUGUAGGAUACAAAAGGCCACUGAGCCAAUACGCCAGGACAUCCAUGAUGAUUCGUCCAGAGGCUCGGUACAGGGCAGAGAAUAUCGUAGUACUGGAACUCGACAUGCCCAGCCGAACGACGAGAGACUAUGAAGGUCCAGCCAUUGCUCCCAAGGUGCAGGCGGCUCUAGAAGCAGCUCUGCAGGAGGAAGAUGAGAUACAGCUGGACGCUUCAACCUUUGAGAGCACUUCAAAUAAAAAAUCAAAACCCAGGCCUAAAACUGGAAGGAAAUCAGGGGGAUCCUCUUCAGCAGGCACCCAUAGUUCUCAGCUCUACCCACAGUCCCGAGGGCUGGUUCCAAAAUAAAACCCAUCAGUUCCUCUUUGGGGCAUGAACAGCCUUUUCCUUCUGAGAACAGACACAACUAAAAACCUGCAGAGAGAACUCCCAGCCCGACUCCAGCCCCUUUCCCCUGGAGAUGGCCUCUUUGCUGUUUAACUGACUGGUGCCAGUCCAGGUGCACUGAGCCACAGGAAGAUAACGUGCUUGCAAUUCAGUUUUUGGCCUCUGUGGGAAACAGAUUUUAGUUAGGAAAUCAGAAAUGCAUGAGGUACGUUAAAGUGUAUUAGAAGCAAUGGGAAGCAUGGGGAUCACCUCACAGCAUCGCCGUCUCUCCUUCUGCACUGGCCCUUUUGCUGCACUGGGCUUUUUUGUUGUUGGGCAAUAAGAAGACGAGAGUUGAAAGUCAUCUCAACAAAACCACCGCUCCCGAGCUCCAUGGUGAGAACCAAAUGAGGCUAAAAAGCAGAGGAUCUGUUCAAACUUGACUUGGUGCAUACUUUUUCCUUGUCCUGCUUGAAAGACUGGCAUCAUCAUUUGGGGUUAAGAAGUUGGUCUGAACAGGCAGGAUGGCAGCAGUCAGCACAUGCUCACCACCAUGUAGCUGUGCCUCCCUUUAGAACUGUAGGACAAAAAAGGGGUCUUGAAAGCAACUUUGUGCUCUCUAGAAAGGAAGCAAUAGAAACUGAAGCCCUUUCCUUGUUCACAGGCAUAAGUAAGAGCUCCUCUGAACUGACCUCCUACAGACCUCACCCCUACCAACAGGAACCACCUUGUCAAAGAAUCCAUCUGCCCACCAGUGCCAGCUCCUCAGUUUUCUUCCUCUCUCUUGUCUCCAUCGUUGCCCCUGGCAAUCUGAACCAGUGUCCCUACAAAGCCUUGAAACUGUGGGGUGGCGUACGGCCAUUUUCUCACGUCUCCCACUGUUCCCAGGAAAUGUAGCACUGGCUCAGAGCUCUCUUCCAGGCAGGCUCACAGGGCUGACCCUGCUCUCCCCCGGAAGCUGGGUAGAGGGUAGAGUGCCAUAACGUGGAGCUGCCUUGGAGCGCGCUCUUCUUGGUCCCUUCCCUGGCUGUCUGAGGUUCAGCAUUCGGUACCUUUUGUGCCUCACCUGUUCCACGUUAGAAACUUUCCCUUUGUACCUCCCAGCCCGUGCAGAGUCCCCUGGGAAUGAAAGGACAUGUAACAGAGUCUGGGAAGUGGAAUCUGGUAUUAAUUCCAGGGGUUUUACUUUGAAAACAAGGGAGGAAGAACUCCUGCUUUUGACGGUCUCUUUGCAAAGCUGCCCUAUGACUAAAGCAGGCUCCUGUAAUGCGGCGGGCGCGUGUGGCAGGGCAGAGGGAGGUGGAACUGCCAUGCUGAGGACAGAGUACGGUGUCCCUGUCUAGUGUCUCACAGCUCAUUUGUAAGUUUUAGUUCACUGUAUAUUGAGACUUGGGAUGUUACUUUUUCUGGCUGCUGUUGGCUGUCAUCCUAUGAACGUUUUUACCCAUUUCCUCUCCCUAACUGAUGACUUCCUCCAGACUGACAUGUGUGAGUGUACGAGGACUUGCCUGGUUUUAGAAAUGCUCUGAUGUGUGGACUCUGCCUUGUGUGCUCGUUAAGUCUCCGCUGAGUAACUUCACCCAGGCUGGAGAACUCCAUUCUCUCUGGCUCCCCUGAGCAGAAGGAACCAAACACUCGGCGCAGCUCACCUCUGCAUCUUGCGGGCAUGGUGCCUGGGUGAGCCAGCUGCCCAGGUGGGCCCAGUGAAACACUAACUCGGCUGCUUUGAUUCAUGGAGUGCUUUUCUGGACCACAAGAUUAAUAUAUAUAUACACAUAUAUGCAUAUAUAUAUAUUAGUUUUGGUGGAGGAAAGAGGAGUUUGCUUAUAAUUGAGAGAGCAGGCAUCUGACAAAUUUCUUUCAACCUGCACAUGGAAACCUGGCAUAAUCUUUUUCACAACACACUGUUCAUGUACAGAGAGCCUUGUAAUUGGCUCUUGUUGCAUAAUAUAAUGUCACUGGCUCUUCCCUCUCCUCCCUCUUUCUCUCUAGCACGUAAUCUCCUGCACUUGGACAUUUUAAAAGAUGAUUGUAUGGUGUAAGCACUCAAAGAAAUGAAAUGAAACAAGGAGGGUCGAAAACAUGAAACAGCAACAAAAUAUAUAACCACCCAUAUGUACAUGCCUAUGUACACGUAUAUUUUAUGUGACUGCUGCAUACACAGACACAUCUGUGUCUGCACACGUGCACACUCUUCCUCAGUCGCUACUAUUCCAUAGGGAAUUCUGUAUUAAACUCAUAUACUGGAAGCUCCCCGUGUGGCAGGACUGGUACAGUGGAAGUCGCCGUGCAAACCCGAACUGUUCUCGUUUUAGUGUUGAUAAGCUAGCUGGUUAAUAUGUCAGAAAGGCUCUGCUUUUAAUUCUUUAGAAAUUCAUUAGUAAGGUGAAAGAAACUCCAUAGGGUGGA